AUGCCGGACGAUGACGACGACAUCAAAAACGAUCGCCAGCGACAGUUCCUGAACGGAUUCUUGCGCUUCUUAUACUCGGGUAAUUAUCCACACGACAAGGUGUCGGCCGAUCCAUCAACGAAUUCAUUCAGCGACUUAAAGACCAAAAGGACGGCCGAGGGCUCGCUGGAAGGGCGUGACCUGGAGAUUCGCCAAGAAAUGACAGCCGUGGAGAACUUUCUGGACAUCAAUAGAAUGAGUGGAGACUCGCGCCUGAUUAUCCCUAUAUCUUCAAACAAGAGCGGCUUUGCAUCGUUUUCAUCAAUUCUCAAGGACAUGAUUAUGGAGAGGGCAAGGCACAUGUUCCCUGGCCGUCUGGCAUUGAGCGAAGUAUCGGAGAUCUGGUUGCGCGACCGAGAGCCAGGCUUCGUGGUCAAUGUCCUGCUUUCCAAUGUUGCCCCUGUUGGUCCCAGGAGUCGACAGAGGGUCAAAGCAGGAUAUCGAGCCGCUGUCAAGUUGAUGACUAUAUCAGAAAUCAAGGACCACCUUUCGUCCAUCCGCCAGCCAGCCUUCGACCCUAGAACAUAUGCCACGAAAGGGUAUGUGCUCCGCGGCUCUAUUUGGACUAAUGGUUUCAGUGUUCAGAUGGUAGCUUUCAAGCUGAAGGAACUUCAAGAGGAGAUCGCCGGAAGAUCGUCUACCGCCUCUCUUAACGACCACAGUGGACGGACUGGACUGGACUAUUACUUGACGGAGAUUCGCAAUGUUGUUCGGACCAAGGAGGAUGUUGCACGGUUUACUCAAUCGAACCUGGGGAUGACUAAUCUCGUCUCCGAGGCCGAGGAACCUCUCCAGAGCCUCCAUGCUGUACCUCAUCCGCAGUCUGCCCAGCAGCAGCAGUUACAACAACAACAGCAGUUACAACAGCAACAGCAACUCCAGCAGCUCCAGCAGCUCCAAGUUCAGCAGAUGCAUCAGCAGCAGCAGUUACAGCACCAGGCGCGGAUGAAUAUGUCGCCACAACUAAACAUGGCAACUCUGCAGCAUCAACAACAGCAACUCUCGCAAGGAAUGUCACCUCAGCUUCAACCUCAGCAACCGCUCCAACAGUCGCUUCAACAGCACAUUGCAGGCCCAGGACCAAUGUCGCCCCAUCUUCAAAACACCCAACAGCUGCACCAACGCGCUGUGAUUCAACAGCAGCUCGCCCAGCAACAGCUCGCCCAACAACAGCUCGCCCAACAACAACAACAACAACAACAACAACAACAACAACAACAACAACAACAACAACAACAACAACAACAACAACAACAGCAACAACAACAACAACAGCAACAGCAACAGCAGCAUCCCAAUCAACAACCUAGUACAAUAUUACCUACGACGCAAACAAUGCAAGGUCAACUUGCUCCAGCGAAUUCGCAAAUUGCGCCCGGGCAGGGUCAGGCUGGGCCUCAAUUUCAACAGGCCCAAACUCCUCAAUUGCAAUUACAAUAUCAAUAUCAACGCCAAUUGCAGAUGCAGCAGCAGCAUAUGCGCCAGCAGGUUCAACAGGUUCAACAGCAGCAGCUUGCCCAACAACAGCAACAACUCCAACAGCAGCAACAACUCCAACAGCAGCAGCAACAACAGCAACUACAACAGCAGCAACAACAACAACAACCUACAUCGCAGCAGCAGCAGCAUCAGCUUCAACAGCCAUCCCUCCAGCAGCAACCACAAUCGCAGACCCUCGCUCAACAACAGCACCAACAUCAGCAGCAGCAGUUACAGCAACAGCAGUUACAGCAGCAGUUACAGCAGCAGCAAUUACAGCAGCAACAACCAUCACAGCCACAACAACCAUCAGCACCGCCACCACCACCGCCACCACCACAACAACAACAACAACAACAACAACAACAGCAACAACAACAACAACAACAACAACAACAACAACAACAACAACAGCAACAACAACAGAUUAAGCAGCAACAGCAACUCCAUCAGCAGCAACAGCAACUGCAACAGUUGUUGCAACAGAAGCAGCAAGAGCAGCAGCAAGUUCAACAGGUACAACUUCGUCAGCAACAGUUACAGCUACAACAGAAGCAGCAAUUGCAGCAACAGCAUCUUAAACAGAUUCAGCAACAGCAGACGCUACAGCAACUGUCACCUCAACCACAGCAUAUGGGUUUCUCACAAUUACAGCAACAUUCAACAGUCCAGCAACCGAGCGAUCACAUUCCACCUCAACAGCAAGCUCCAUCAGUCCAGUAUCAAACAAUACAGCAGCCUCUACAUAACGGGAUCCAGGCGGUGUCUGCCAGCGAUCCUUUAAGUUCGGCGCAGGUGGGCCUUCAAGCCCCUUUCAGCACUGUGAUUGAGUCGAGUAUUGCGGAGGACGUCCAAGCCAAGGGGAUGUUACGGCUGGCCGAAUUUGGGCGCGGUCUGAGUUUCAAUCCGGAGAACGAAACCAUCCAAUUCUGGCAGCGUUUUGUCUCCAAGUUUUAUGGCGCUGCAGGGCGGAUGCGGCUCACGCUUAUUCACACAACCACAGGUGACAGCAAAAUCUUUGAGCUAUUGGCGCCAUCUCUGCCACGCUACUAUCUCGGGAACACGGAAGCAGGAGUAAAAGAGAUGCAGCUGAUCUUGGACGCGCCGAUCGGACCAGCGUCUACACUUCCAUUGAUAAUCGAAUACCCAAACGUGUCUCUUGUUUACCAUUACACCAGCGGAUCCAAGGUGUUUACCAAGGGGAGUCUCAAGGCCACGUUUACUCACGAUCUCAAAUUUGACCUUUUGGAGAUCGUGGCACAGGAGUUUACAGAAUACAUACCUCGGCCUGUCGACGAUCCAUCGAACAGUCCGGUUCCUGAGGCAAAACCGGAAGGAAAGAAAAAGGGUGGCUCGAAGAAAGCUGUUGCAUCUUCAAAAAAGCCCAUGCCUGUGAUAGCUGAGAGUGUCAUCAAUGAGUUUGGUAUCUCGUCCAAGACCUUGCAGCUGUUAGAGAUCUCUGAUAUGUUCUCCAAGAUGAACGAGCUGGUCCACUUCACUGCACAGACAAAUCGAGGGCCUGCUGAGUCAUUGGCGUCUUACUCUCAACUGUUGCGCGAUAAGCAUGCCCAUAUGAGAGCUAAACAGAUGGCGAGCUCGCCAAGCAUGUCAGCAGCAUCAGUAGUACCGAUUGGCGCCUCGACUCCAGUCCAAGCGGCCUCCCAAAUUACGACGGUAAACAAUGGAGCCUCCAAUCCCUCUCAGAUGCGCGACUCUGCUUCGCCGCGAGCUAUGAAGCGCAGGACAUCUGUCGGGAUUUCACCUGGCGAUACUGCCCUUCGAGAUUCUCCUGCACUUGAUGACCCACAGGCAACCAUGGUUGUUGGGGCAGGGACACCUCUGUCACGCCAGGCAUCGACUUUGGUCGGAGUCGGUCCGUCUACGCCAGGAGUAGUGACUGGUCUUGGGUUGAAUCUAGUCGGCUCACCUGUGCCUUCCCCGCUCUCUGCCGUCACCUCGCCUGUGUUCGUGUCGUCCAAUACCUCCAACAAUCCUACAGGAACAGCACCCCUUUCUGCCAAGGCAGCGAAGCGAAUCCGAACUGCUUCCGCCACGCCCACAUUGGCUGCAGCGACCCCCAACGGAACGAAAGGGUCAACCACGAAUGGAACAACUACGGCCCGGAGCCGCAAAGGGGCUGGGCGUAAGGACUCUUCAGCCAAACGCAAGGCGAGCAUGGCUGAUAUCUCUGAUACGAAGGCGACUCAUGGAGCUGUUCCCGUUGGAACGCAGGAGUUGGAUGCUGGAUUGACGUCCAGCCUUUCUACACCGGCUGUAGGGCCGUCCUUAGUGGGACAUUCUAUGGGGGUGUCUGGACCGAAUGGUCUUGCACUCCAUGGGCCGGCCUCGCAGCAACAGCAGACACCGUUUCAGGCAACAGGGAUCCACUCAUUUAAUGCUGGCGUGCUGAAAGGAGCAGUCGUCAACGGAGCUCCUGUAUUUGUGGAUGGAGGCUCAAUUCCCGCCAGUCCCAUGAGCAGCCACGCGGCGACCGAUGGCCAACCGUAUGCUUUGGCAGGAAACCGCUCGAAUGGGAUGAUGUUGACAGACCAAAGGAAUGUUUUUCAACCGGGAACGGAUGCCUUGAGCUAUGGAUCAGGACAAGACUUUACGGGAUUAGGAGCCGGAGGAUUAAACCUUGGGUUGAUGACAGGGUUUGGUCAGGACAUUCCAUCACUGCAAGCACAAGCACAAGCACAAGCGCAGAUGCAGGGGCACAUUCAGGUUGGCCAGCAUGCAGUACAAGGCCUUGGCCAAGUUCAGGGACCGCCCAUCGGAUAUGGAGUAGGGUAUGGAGGACAAGUGGGGCAGGGUGUGGGCGUGGCAGUCAACGGGAUGAUGGGAUCGAUGGAGGGUAUCGCGACCAUUCCUCCCAACGCGACGCUCUUGGCUGGCAACUCUGGGCUCCAUCCUGGGGCCGGGUAA